ACUGUCGUUAGGAGUCCAAGUAGAAAGGCAGGAUACGCAUUAUUGCAGUAGCCUACAGUGCCACAACACUUUACACGGACGAAACUACCACGCACUCCAUCCGCGCAGAGAGAGAGAGAGAGAGAGAGGAGAGGAUUAAAGAAAUCAGCUGAAUUUCUCAUGACUGUACUAUUUUUUUUCUUUUUUUAAUUGCACACAUUUGCCAAUAGCCUUAGAAGAGGCAACUCACCAGCCAGCCAACCAAUCAGCGCUGCGCCUCAGCAACUCUGUGUGGACUCAGCAUCGCUCGGAGGAGCUGGAUGCAGCUCUGCACGGAUCUAAGCGUCAGAGAAUCUCCGUUGAACGGAUUAUAAUUUAGAAGUACUUUUCUCUUGAGUUUGCAGUGCUCCACUUCGGGCUCUUCAGUCACGCAGCGUCUCUUUAGUGCGGUACUUUGCUGGCGACUUGCAGUAUAAAUGCAUCGCUAGAAGAAGAAGGCUCCACUGCGCCAAGACCCUCCGCCUGUGCUCACUGUCAGCGCAGUACUUUAUUCACUUUGCUCAUUAAAGAACUGGACUUUCAUUUGGACCGGUGCCUAUUCCAGUCUCCAUUUUGUCUGGGAUAUUGCUGUUUGUCUUUCGUGCUGUACUUCAGACCCCCCCCUCCCCUCCCACCGCUGCCCGUGAGUCACUUCAAACAGCUGCAUAGAAGAUGUCUGCCCCAGAUGCUGCCGCCCCAGGUGGAGCCCCAGGUGCAGAUGGGGCCCCAGCUGGCCCACCUGCGGGCCCACCCAACACAACCAGCAACCGCAGGUUACAGCAGACACAGGCCCAAGUUGAGGAGGUGGUGGAUAUCAUGCGGGUGAAUGUGGACAAGGUUUUGGAAAGGGACCAGAAGCUUUCGGAGCUGGAUGACAGAGCGGAUGCUCUCCAGGCCGGAGCCUCCCAGUUUGAAAGCUGUGCAGCCAAGCUAAAGAACAAGUACUGGUGGAAGAACUGCAAGAUGAUGAUCAUGAUGGGCAUCAUUGGAGUCAUUGUGGUUGGAAUAAUAUUCUUGUACUUCUUCUACUGAGCUCAGUCCAUCAGUACAGAUGGAUAUGGACUUGAGAAUGAUGUGAGGGGGAAGAGGGAAAAAACAAGCAUCACUCUUCCCCCUUUUACCUGUCGUCCUCCCUCCUUUCGCCAUCUUCCACCGCACCAUCUUUCAUUUACACAUGACAGUAUUGUUUAUAGGUGUCCCUGCUCUCUUCUUCCUCCAUUCCCUCCCUCCUUGUUGCUUUCUUCCACUGUUUUGGCUUGAAGUUUCUCUCUUGUCUCUGCACCUCAUGUAUUAUUGAAGGACGCAGCAGGAAGAGGACGAAGGGAAGGAGGGACACAAGAACACAUGGGGCUAAGCCCGCUGACCAGAGGUACAGGGGCAAUGUACAAUGUAUAGGUGGUGAAUGUGUGCAGGGAGAUGGAGCAGGUUUGCAGUCCUUUCUGCCCCAGAAACGCCAAAGCAUGUUCACGUAACCUUUUUUAACAGUCCGACAUUUGUAAAUUGAUAUCGACAUGCCUCACUAACUCACUCCUGUCACAACUGCUACCAUCAUUGGUGCUUACUAACACGAGAUCAUGUUAGACUAUGAUCAUUUUUGUUGUGUGUACUUGUGAUCAAUAGCAUUGUAGCUAAUAGCUUUUUCCGAGUGUAGCUGAUAGGCUUUCCUAGUAACUUUUCCUUUACUGGCUAACUUUCUCUCACUUGGUCUCGUAUUUCUGCAGAGUUAAAGGAAAGGAGGAAAUGAUUCAGGGUAAACUAGUACUGUAAGAGCAUUGUAGCAUUUAAGUGAAAUUUGAUUCUGGACUGGUACGUAAUUAUUGAUAAAGUAGUUCUAUAAAUAUGCUUCAUUUGUACCCCAGGUGGUAGCAUGGUGGUGUUACAGGAUGCUUAGUGGCAUAGUAAUGUGCACUCAAGGUGAAGAGACAAGAAGCCACUAACAGUUUACUCUGUAUGUGAACUGAGUGCUUUGAUCUCUAGAAAGCAGGAAAAUUCUCCCAAUCCCACCUAUAGUAUGGUACCAGCCAAAGUGAGAUGUAUGUUUCUAACGUUGCAUGGCAAACAAUGUCCACAGUUUUGCCUAUUUGUGACCUGUAUAUCUACCAAUUCUGAAUCUUAACUGCCAAGUGUACAUUUUCUUUUGGUAGUGGUUUAAAGGCUUUCUCAUCUGACAAUUACCGCUUAAGCAAUGAUGCUCAAGAGUUCGCAAAACUUUGUUAAACUUAUUGCUUUUGAGAGAAAAAUAAUAUUCACAGACUGCUAACUGCUGCUGCUGCUAUAGUGAGCCGUUAAACACAUAGCAUUGUAUAAGGAGAACCGUUGUACACACCUGUCAAAAUCCACUCCUGAAAAUGAGUUUAUAAAUUUCAGGUUUUUCCCAGAGGUUGUUGGAUAUAUAAGAAAAGCUCAUUUUCUCUCUUUGCAAUGAUUUGGAGAGUUUGCAAAACUGGAAAAAUAACACCCUUAUGUGGACUUGUGCAUAAUUGUAGCCGUUAGCCAAAAUUAUCUGAUGGUAUUGUGAAACAAUAUUAUCAGGUAAUUACUAACACACAAGAUCAUGUUUUGUGAUUUACAACCUGAAAAUGCAGUAAGAGAUGCAACUGGAUCUGUGAAGACAAGUGCAUGCUUACUACUUUUGCCAAUGCCAAUAAAGAAAUCAACAGAACUGACAGCUGACCUUUUUAUAACAGAUUCUGACAAAAUUUAUAAAAGAAACUCUGAAGCUACAGUAUGUUGUAGACAAUCAAUUGUAAAAGACAAAUAUGGAUAAUUUCAAAUAGGCCUACAUUACUGGGUGGUGAAGUCUUUCAUUGUGAGAAUUACAGAAACAUUAGUAAUAAAUAAAACAAAA